AUGUUCGAUGAGUCCUCCACGCUGGGCCCCUUAAUCGCUCGCUCUGGUGGCAGCCCCCUUGGAACUCCCGACUCGCGUCCACCGGCCUUCAAAGCAGUUGGAAUCACUCUCGCCGUCUGCUCAGGCCUCUUCAUCGGCAUCUCCUUCGUCCUGAAGAAGGUCGGUCUUCUCAAGGCCAAUGUCAAAUACAACGAGGAAGCCGGCGAAGGCUAUGGCUACCUCAAAAACGUCUACUGGUGGGGAGGCAUGACGCUGAUGAUUCUCGGUGAACUCUGCAAUUUCAUCGCCUAUGCCUUCGUCGAUGCCAUCCUCGUCACUCCCCUCGGCGCCCUCUCUGUCGUCGUCACCACCGUCCUCUCAGCCAUCUUCCUGAAGGAACGACUUAGUUUCGUGGGCAAGGUCGGCUGCUUGAACUGUCUUAUCGGGUCCGUCAUUAUCGCCAUGAACGCGCCGACGCAGUCCUCGGUCGCCAAUAUCCAGGAUAUGCAGCGCUAUGUGAUUACUCCUGGCUUUCUCUCCUUUGCUGGUGUCAUUGUGGUGGUUUCUGCCUUUCUCGCCAUAUGGGCUGGACCCCGGUACGGCAAGAAGAGCAUGUUUGUCUACCUCACCAUUUGCAGUCUCACGGGUGGUUUGAGUGUCGUUGCUACGCAGGGUCUGGGAGCUGCCAUCAUCGCCCAGAUCAUGGGUGUCUCGCAGUUUAAGGAAUGGUUCCUCUGGGUGCUCUUGGUCUUUAUCAUUGUCACCCUGCUCACUGAGAUUAUAUACCUGAACAAAGCACUUAACCUCUUCAAUGCCGCCCUUGUCACGCCUACCUACUACGUUAUCUUUACCAGUGCUUGUAUCAUCACCUCUGCAGUGCUAUUCCAGGGAUUCAAGGGAACCGCCAUCAGCAUCACGACCGUCGUCAUGGGCUUCCUCCAGAUCUGUACCGGUGUCGUGCUUCUCCAACUCUCCAAAUCCGCCAAGGACGUCCCAGAUGCUGCUGUCUUCAAGGGUGACCUGGACCAGGUACGCGAGGUUGCAGAACAAGAACAGGGAGAGCUGGAACCGAAAGCAGACGCCAUCAGAGGAACUGCUGCCAUCAUCCGCCGCAUAUCGACUCCUCGCCAAAAGAUGGAGCAAGAAGAGAUCAGGCGCUUCCACAUGGAUCAGAGACUCGACGAACUUGAGCCAGUCGGUGAAAAUGAAGUUAUCGAGUGGGACGGUCUUCGCAGACGACGAACAACUCUUGUCAAUGGUGUACAGGCAACCAGCCCUCGUCGUAGGGUACAGCAUCCUCCGCUAGGCAUGUCCCGUUUCCCAGAUUACACCGAACCUGAACGUUCUGAAGUCAGAUCUCACGAGGGCGGCGAAGGCUCGUUCAUUGGCAGUCUCCGCAAACGCGCUUCAACUGCUCUACACCCUUACUGGAGACCCAGCGGCACCAUCUCCCCGCAGCCCAUGGAGAAAGAUGGCCGUCUCGACUCUCCCAGGUCCAUGCCCGAACGGCCUUCCGAGUCCGACCCCUUCACUCGCCAUGAGCUCCUCCAGGCAUUCCAAUAUAACAAAGCCAUCCGUCGUCCGCGAAGCGAGACGAUCGACUCCGUGAUUAAUGAAAAGGGGAGAAAGGAAGAGAAAUCGCCUCUCUUUGAUAACGAGAAGGGCCAAUCUGAAAUCAGGGAGAAUGCUGACUCAACCAGCCCUCCUCCGACGCCUCCUCCACAUAGAGCCCAUAGACAAUUCUCCUUUAAUGUCUUCCGUCGCAGUUCCUCCGCCGCUCCGCCAACCGAACGACUCACUACACCUACAAAAACGACCCACCUGCAUCUCCCCAGCUUCAUACCCCAUCACAGCUCUCAUGCCAGCAGCUCCAAGCGCAUCACAGAGGAAGAAGCCCUCGGCCUCGCUGCGGGCGACAAGGGCAAAACCCGCUCCCCUUCACCAGCCGCGAAUAAAUCCCGCCCGGACAAAAACACAAGACACUCACACGUCGACUCCUCAGACUCCCUUCGCCACGUCCUCUCCGUCUCUUCUUCAUCGGGAGGUGAAUCAUCCCACGUUCCAUCACCGUCUUCCGAGUCUCAGUCCCAGUCCCAACAGCAUCGCGGACAAAGUCCCGAGCGGCCGCUGACGGGGGUAUCAGAGCAAGACAACCGCGAAACAGGGCCUUCUGACUCGACAUGCUCGUUCCCCAAGUUUGACACUUCAAGCUUUCCCCUGUCGGCCGCGACCUCUUCCCCAGGGGAAGCUAGGAAGGGACGUAAAGAGCGCCGCGGGAACAUUAGACAAAGCCAUGACGGAGGCGGUCGUGACGGCUCUGGAGAUGCAGGACAAGGUCCAAGCAAAAGAUGA